UUCAUUCUGUGUGUCCCAUCUCGUCAUUUUGCUUGACAACAAUUAAAAUACUUUCACAGCUUUUCGUGGAUUUUUCCUCCUCUUCGCACUUUUUCUCCCACAUUGUCGCAAUAUUUUGGUUAAAAUUUUCUUUGCGUGAAAAUUAAGAAAAAUCUGGCACAACUAAAUUGUGAUAUUGAAUUACCUACACUGCUAGAAAUUGGCCACAAAAUCAAAUCCUUUGAAUUUAAUGAACAAGGAAAACUAGAAUCCUUUCUUUGCCAGGAAAAUCACAGAGAAAAUCGUUAAAAUUUUCAAGAAAAAAAUUUUUCCUCUCGAAGAAAAUUCGCAUUUUCUUUAGCAGUGUAGUGUUAAUGAAAACAAAUUUCGAUUUGCCAAUAAAAUUUCGUUUAUGUGUUAGAACGAUUCAGGCAGCCGCACGACCGAAUGAGUUGCCCCAGAGAGACACGAAGAGUAUCUCGUACGGAAAGCGCGUCAAUUUGUGCCCCAAAGAUCAACGUGUAAUCCCUCCUGGUGCUUCUUCCGCCACCACCACCUUCACUCCACGACAAUUUAAUCCAUCAAGUGUGUGCCACAAGUGUAACCAACAAAAGUGCCCCCAAAUGUCCUACCAACGUCCACCUUUUUGGCGCAUUCCGCAAAACAAACCCGACCCCGCGACCUUUACAGCGCGCACCAAGAAGAGGGUUCAGUUCGUCGACGAGGCCGUGACUUUGGGAAGUCCUGCCUAUGGCGAAUUGGUACGCGGGGAUAUAAUAACAAAGAUUCAAGACUACGAUAGUCGUGAUCUUCGACAUGAAGAUGCUCAGCAUCUCUUCAAAAAUGCCGGCAAUAAGAUAAAAGUCGUGGUUCAGAGAAACAAUGCAGUGGCCAAAGAGAGUCUUAGCAAUGGAUCAUCGAGAUGCUCAUCGACUGUUCCACCCUUGAGUCCUGUUUCACAGCUUAGUCCAAUUCCACAGCACAUCAACCUACCAUACAGAAAUGUGUCCCCAGCCGGUGCGAGACAUCAAGCUCCGUACGAGAGCCUGCCUCAGACAGUAUUCCCGCAUUACAAUGAAUCCGGCGGCUAUGAGGCACCCCAGCUAUCACCACGACCAUCAUCAACGGCUAGCUUCUCGCCACAACCAUCGCGGGACUACCAGAUGGAAGUUCAGGAGGAAGCCAACACGAUCCUCAAUCAGCCUUACCGGACGACUCCACUGAUCCUCCCGGGUGCCAAAGUCAAGAAGGACUCUGGGCCAACUGAAUCUUACUUGAGGCAUCAUCCCAAUCCUGCCAUGCGGGCACCACCACAGCAUGAUUUCCAGGAUGUGCUCAUGAAACAAAAGGUGGCUGAUACUAUUCAUCGAAUUGUCGGAGAUGAUGGAACAAAGGUUGUUCACAAGCAAUUCAAUUCACCAAUUGGUCUCUACUCAAACGACAAUAUUGAGAAGACAAUUCAACAGAGCUCCCCAAAUUCUGUACCAUCGAAUGGUUAUAUUCUCGAUCGGCCGAAACCUACAAAAAUUCAAGGCUACAAAAGGACCGUCCUCUUUGAUCCGCUGAAAAGUGAAACAUACAGAGCAAUUCAGGAGGAAUCUUACGAUGUUGGGAAUGCCCAUGAGGUACCACAGCCGGUGCAAACUAAAGUUUUUCAUCCUCAAUCACGCGGAGUACCACAAAAGAAACCAACUGCAACUUACCCGCCGGUUUCACCCACUUAUGCUGUUGGGGACCCCAAUGAGAUCCACCAGAGUGGCUCCUUCAAGCGUCUCAUGUUCAGCGUCCUCGGCGACACGUCCUACUGAAGCACCAUAGCAAAGAAAUCAAUGAAUUUUCUGCAAGAUCGCGAGAAAAAAAGAAGCCAAAGAACAUCAGAGAGAGAACAAAAAAUAUCGCAAAACUACCAUUCACACUAAAAUCAAAUUUUUGCAUUAUUUGUGUAAUUUUAUGUGUGACGAUAUCAGAGAAAAAGGAAACAAAAUAUUAUUGCUUAAUUUAUAAAAUAAACUAUACAAAAAUUACGAGAAAAUACUUAUUUAUACAAUUAAAAGUUUCCUUUACAAAAUAUUCUAUAAAAAUUUAAUUUUAGGAAAAUAUUUUUAUUUGAUUUUACUUUUUCUUUUCACGUUCAUUUCUCUUUCGAGUGUAAAAAUCUAGUCAAUUUUAUUUUGUGUAAAAAAAAAGUACGUUGAUAAGGGAAUCUUGCAGAUUCAAUUGGAUUGUUGAUUAACUUUAUCACGACUACAGAAGAAAAUAAUUUUUUUUGUCUAUAAAGAUAUUGCUUUUCAAUGUAAAUGAAAACAAAACUCAAUGUGUAAAGUUGGAAUCUAAUAAAGAAUUAAUUAAUUUAAAAGAAAA